CGCAAGUUUCAAGUCAAUCAGAGAUCAAUUGACGAUUCGAGAGAAGAAACUCGGGCAUGACCUGAAGAAGAAUGGAUUUCUACCUCACUUUAUGGACAAAGAAUCAUGCAAGCUUGUUAUGAAACGAAAGAGGACGAGACUACGAGCGUCUGGGAUCAAACGGCGAUUGAUUCGGAGUCCGGACGAGGGAGAAACGAAGCAUUAAACAGAGGAUGAGCAAGCUGCACGGGCAGACCAGGGAGGCUGCACGGCCGUGCACGUGAGCAAUAUGGCCGUGCGCCUUAUGCCGAGGACACGCACGGGCAACCCCUGAAGCUCGCACGGCCGUGCACCCUGGCCGUGCGAGAGGGCUGAAGUUCGACUAAAUGACACGCUGCGUUUUGAGUUGCACGGCCAGAAUGGUGAUAUGCACGGCCGUGCACCCUGGCCGUGCGAGUCGGGAUUUCCUGGUUUUAAGCCAAAUUCCGAACCAAAGAGGAGGGAGAGCUGGGUUUUGGAUCCCAAACACCCAAGGGACGAACCAAAGAGAGAGAGGGCGAUUUGAGGGCAUUCUUGGAGUGGAGUUGGAGGAUUUCUUCGCCUUGGAAGCUCGAGGAACAAGCCCGGACUUGAAGACUGAUCAUCUGAAGAUUCUUACUGCAGUCUCUCUCUUCUCUAUGGAGUAACUUCCCUUCACUUAGGUUUUGAGGAACCCUAGCUAUGUUUGUUUGAUUGGAUGAUUGUAUGAGUACUCUGACUGGAUAAUCUUGAGUUCAUAUUCAAUCUAUGCAUGUUUUCAUGAUUCAAUUCUGCUUUAGUCGAGAUUAUUGAUUCUGCUUUGAUUCUAUGAGAGGGAAUACCUGAUUAGGUCAAUAGAGCACCAUAGAUUGAUAGUAGUGGAUCGAUUGCUUUAGUCGAGGGUUGAUUCACUGCUUUGUAUCGAUUGAGAACCCCUUUCGAUAGAGGGAGUCUAGUUCAGAACGCCUUGAUCAGUUGUUCUAGAGAAGGAUACGUCCCUCUAGGCAAUUGACUCAAGAGGGCCUUGUUCCUUUAGUCGAGACUCAAGGUCUAGUCAAGGAUUCUCCGCAUUGUGAAUGAAAGUGAAACAGGUUAGAGAUCAUCAAUCAUUAAUCUGGCUAGUGGCUGGGGGAAUCAUACCUAAGUGAGUUCCCAACCUGUAAUUAGAUUAACUUUAACUGUAGUUUGCUAGAGUAGUUUUAGUUCUUUCAUCUUAAUUUGGUUUGCUAAAUAAUAAACUGAAGCUGAGUAAUAGUAACUCUAGAGACCCGUGGAUUCGAUAUUUAUCACUUGAGCCACUAUACUGCAGUCCCUUCCAUUGGUUACACUUGGCCAUUGUUAGGUGUUGUGUUUUAGAGCAUCACAGGGGCAAGGAAGAAACGAGAGGGUUGUGUUCUCGUACAAAUUCCGAACACACAAAACAGAGGAGCAGCAGAGUGUUGUAAUUCGAAUUCCAAUUGAAGAGCAGACGAUGGGCACUCAGCAAAUCGACAUGGAAGAUUUCAACAAUAUGGUUAUAGAAGCUUUCAACGCGGCAUUACAACCCCAAUUUGAUCGGAUACAACGUGGGAUCGACAAGCUCGAGUCUGCCAUCAAUAGACGUCUCAGUCUUAUUCCGCAAAAACAGAGUGCUGAAUUAUCUCAGCCAAAGGAUCGAUUGGACGCCCAAAACCCAUCGACUUCUGCAUCUGGAAUGAUCUUCACUGUAGGGAAAGAACCCCCGGAUGAUUCAACGAGGUCGGAGCUUCCAAAAUGCGAGGUUAUUGAUGCAUACAACACCUGCGUUUCAGAGCUCUAUUUUCUUCCGGAAAAACAGAGUGUAGAAUGCAGCAGCUUUGUCGACGAAGAAGAAGGGGAAUUGAAGGUCGAUUUAACCAAAGAAGUCAUCAUCGAGGCCAAAGGAACAGUGAAAAGUCGUGGGAAAUCUCCAGAGAAGGCAGAAGAUGCUCGAACUUCCCCAUUGACAAGAACUACGAAACUCUGCCGCUAUAAUGCAGAACAGAGUUCCCAAAUCGAUGAGCUCGUUGUGGCUUUUGGUGAUGAUUCGAGUGAAGCCACUUCUGUAGAAACAUUUCAAAAUACCCCAGGAAUGAAUUCACUAACAAGAGUCGCGGCAAAACAGCUUCAAAUCAAAGUACCCAAUUCGUCAAAAUUGCUUCUGCAGAUGUCGGAAUGUGACUCCAAAGCUAUUGUUCUCGUCGGAGCAAUGGAGAGUGAUUCGACCCAAACGAUCGCUGUAGACGAGUUCCUGGAGGUGUUUGGAAGGUGUAGGAGCAAUCAAUUCGUCAAGACGAUGCUUGAACAAGAAACGCCCAAUUUCGAAUUGAAGAUUCUGGGUAAGAAAAUUCUGCAGCAAAACAUAUUUGAGCAGCCCUCUUUCGAUCCACUUUGGGAUCAAUUCUAUGAUGCUUUUGACAAGAAGAAGGAUCAAGCUUUCAGGGCAAAGCUUUUUGAAGAGGGGGAGCCUGAUAUGAUCCAAAUUGGCCACUUCUACAAGUCACAAUUACUUGCCAAAGAAGCUAUCAAGGUUGGAAAGAAGAAGGGCAGAAUUUGGCUAAGUCAAAAUCCGUGUUCAGGGUACAUACUUUGGAGGCAUGAUUCUCUCAAUUGGCUUUGUGGAAAUUCAAUGUUAAGGGUUUGUAUUGCAUAUAAAGUUUCCAUCUUUCCAAUGGUAUGCUUUGUGGAUCCAGAUGAUGUCAUUAAGGUUGUUUUCCAAGGCCUCAAAUUUGCUACCUCAAAACUGGAAAACUGCCAGAAUUUGGUUAAGGCAGAAACUGUGUUCAAGAAGCCUACUUUGGAGCUCCAUUCCAGAAGCAUGGAUGAGAUUCUAGUCCAGAGGCUUAUACCACAUGAGAGUAGGUAUGUUCUACUACAAAGACAUGGCAUUGGAUGAUUGGAAGCUUACCUGAAAGGUUUCGAUCGAGAGGCUCAAAGAUGGCAUCAAAGCUGUUUGGUUACUUGGAGCUAAAGGCAGAUUUCUUUUUCUUGUUUAGUUAGGAUUUCACUGUUUUGGUAGUUUUUUUAUUCCUUUUCGUAUUAGACUGUAAUUAGGAGUUUAUGGGACGUGUGUAACCCUAGCUAGGCCUAUUUAAGCUUUCUAUUUUGUUGUAAAACUCAGACUUUGAAGAAUUGAAUUGAAACCUUUGGGUUUUUGCAAGUUUGCGUACUUGUGUGAGCUUUGGUGGAUUCCAAGCUCGUUGAGCUCUUGUAUCGAUCAAGAACGUGUUGAUCGUGGCCGGGAUCUAUCCUUAUAUCAAUCGAGCCUUUCCCCAGGUGUGGAAUUGCACGUUUGAUUCCGUUUUAUCCAAACACCCAAGAACAUCCUUGUUAUUGGUUCGAAAUUCGUUUUAAUCAAUCCAAUCCUUGGAUUGAUUGUGUUGCUGCGUACUUUGGUAAAAAUCCAACCCCCAGGGUUGUAUUAUUACACAACCCUAAUGCAUAUCUCAGUCAUCAUCAUAGGUUAUUCUCAAUCACAAACAAGUCAUCCAUACGUCAAUGCUCAUAGCCACGAGGUUCAAAACAAAUCACCAAAGGUGCCACUAUGAUCAUGCAAAUGUAGAAGUUGUUUUGCUUGGAGCAAUAAAAUUCCAACAAAAUUUAGGCAUUCAA